UCCUGCUAAGUAUGGCUAACCUGGUGAAAAGCUUUAUUUUUCAGAUAUUCUGCCAAUCCAGGUUCUUGAGGGCCGGGGAUUUAGCUCAUUGGUGCAGUGCCUGCUUGACACAUUUAAGUACACCGGGCACCAAAAUGUUAACACUCCUUCCUCGAGAGAGAAAGCCUCUUUCUUUCCCUCAAAGAAGAAUUCCAUCUGCGGGCAUUAAACAAACCAGCAUUGCUUCCUUCAUCUUGUGGCCAGGAAUGAAAGAGGUUGAUAACAAGAGAAGUGCUUCAUCUCAUACAGAAAGCCAAACCAACAAACAGUCCAAGAAAGAUGCAACUCAGCUAGACUGCUUGAUCCAGGACUUGGACAAUGACUGCAUAGCCUCCCCUCUGGCCACUUCAACCCCUGAAGACAUCCAGGAAACUGGACUUUCUCCGAAGUCCCACAAGACUUCUGGCCACCACAGUGUGAGAAACCCAUUUUUGACUAUGCUGUCUUUGCCUCAACCUAAUACGCUAGCCUGUUCUGGAAAGAGUAAAGCCCCACUGGCUCUUUCCUCUACUCAGGACUUGGAAAGUUCUUGUUUGCUGGACCAAAAGGAGGAUUCUCCCAGGAAAAGGGAAUGGUUUUAUGGAUCUGAAAAGAGCUACCAGGUCAUGGAGCGACACAUCAAACCACCUGGGGACAAAUGCCAUCAGCUCUUGGACAAAGCUAAAUCAGAAAGGAAAGUGUCUGCCAAAGAAAAUGGGCAGCCUUCUGUGCGCUUGCAAACUUGCAGAGAAUCCUUGAGUAGAGAAAACGCAGAGUCAGUGAAACAAAACCCUUGUCUUGUUUCUGUGUUUUCUUGGGAUAGUGACAAGAAUGACAAAGAAUCCUGGAGUCAGCUUUUCACUGAAGAUUCUCAGGGCCAGCGAGUCAUUGCCCACAACACCAGAGCUCCUUUCCAAGAUGUAAGCAACACCUGGCAUCAGGGCCUAGGGCAUUUUCCAGCCAAGCCUUGGGCUGAAUGCCAGGCUGAGCACACUCAACUAAAUCUGCAGCCCGAUUUGCUCCUUACUCAGGACUCUGAAGGUAAUCAAGUUAUCAGGCACCAAUUUUGAAUGUGUAUAUGAGGGUUUGGUUCUGAAAACAUCUUCAAAUGGUAGAAUGUAGGAAAAUACCUUUUAGGUGGAGGUGGGAGUUGAAGUGGGAAGGCAGCACGGGAUUAAGCUGUCAUUAACAAGCACUUUGUGUAAAUAAAGCAGGCAACUGCCACUGGUUGAGACA